AUGUCUGCACGCCGCGAUGAACAUGAAGCCGAAGACCAGUCCGAGGUUCUCAACGCCGACGAUGUAGGCGAAGAGAUCCCCAUGAACGACGAUGAAGGCGACGUCGCCAUGGACUCCGACACAGAAGAGCUCAUCUUCCAAAACGACUCCAUCGCCUUCUUCGACGGCCACGCCGACUCCGUCUUCAGCAUCGCUCAACACCCCGUCUACCCAUCGCUCAUCGCCACGGGAGGAUCCGAAGGUGAAGCCGACGACGCACCCGGCAAGGGCUACGUCAUCGACACCAGCGCCGCCCCCGACCGACCCGUCCUCCCUUCAAGCUACAGCGGCGCCGACCCGACCAAGACCACCGAGCUCGACGCCCUCUUCACCAUAGAGGGCCACACCGACUCCAUCAACGCCCUCACCUUCACCCUUCCCCGUGGCGACUUCCUCGUCAGCGCCGGUCUCGACGGCCGUCUGCGCGCCUACACCGUCACCCUCUCCGCCGCACAGAACCCAAGCCAGGCCUCGAACCAACCCGCCGCCACCCUGUCCUUCCUGGCCGAGGCCCAGGAGGUGCCCGAGAUCAACUGGAUCGCCCCCUGCCCGUCCCCCGAAUAUCCCAACACCGUGGCCCUGGGCGCCUCCGACAACUCCGUCUGGGUCUACACCAUCGACCCGGCCGCCGACCCGCAGAACCCGCUCCAGGUCGUCAACAGCUACUGGCUCCACACCGCCCCCUGCACCGCCGGCGCCUGGACCCCGGACGGCGCCCUCCUCGCCACCGUCGCCGAGGACAGCUCCCUCUACGCCUGGGACGUGUGGGGCCUCGGCGCCGCCCGCGGCGUCGUCGAGUCCAACGGCCAGACCGUCGUCAGCCUGACGGGCGAGGACCAGCGCUUCGAGGUCGAGGGCGGGUUGUACUCUGUCGCUGUCGAGCCGAACGGGACGUACCUUGCCGUGGGUGGCGCGGAGGGCCAUAUCAGGAUCGUGUCGCUGCCGCGGCUGGGCGGUGGUGGUGGUGGUGGUGGCGGCAAAGCUUCUGCGUCAUCGUCGUCGUCGUCGUCGUCGCAACAGGUCUCUGCGGGUGGGCAGAUCCUCGCCAGCCUGAAGACCCAGUCGGAGAGCAUCGAGACCCUCUCGUUCGUCUCGCCCUCCGGUGGCUUGCCGAACCAGCAGACCACCCUCCUUGCCGCCGGCAGCGUUGAUGGUAGCAUCGCUGUCUACGACGCCACGCGCCGCUUCGCUGUGCGGCGUAACAUUGCCGGCGCCCAUGAGGACCAUAGUGUCGUCAAAGUCGAAUUCAUCCCCGGUACGUGGCUCCUCACGAGCUGUGGUAUGGAUGGCGUCGUGCGGAGGUGGGAUUUGCGUGGUGGCAGUUCGAAUGCGGCUGCCGCACGACAGAAUCCCCCCGCUGCGGCUGGUGGUGCGGCUCCCGGCCCGACCGCUUCGGAUGCCGGUUUGGUGAAGGAAUGGAAAGGACAUCGUGGUGAUGGCGAGGGCGGUGGCGUGUUGGGCUUUGUUCAGGGGAGCACGGGAGAGAGGGUGAUUACGGCGGGCGAUGAUGGUGUCGUGUUGGUUUUCGAAGCGUAA